GCAUGGGGAUGUUUGGGAUCUUGUGAGCUUGUAGAAGUUGGAUGCCACGUAGUCGGGUGGAAUUCACUGGAAUUCAGACGUUUCGCUUACGCUAGUUACUUUUUCUGCAUUGCAAAGUAGAGAACAUCCCACUCUCGGUGUAUUGCCAGAUAGACCUAUUAUUAUUAUUAUUGUACUUUGAAAUGAUGCUGGAAUUUUGGCUCUGCUUACUCUCAGCUCUGUUUUUUUGUAUCCAUGGCGCAAAACUUCCGGAGCCGGAGGUGAAAAUUGAAGUUGUGUACAAACCUUUUCUGUGUCAUCGAAAAACCAAAUAUGGGGACAUGCUUCUGGUGCAUUACGACGGAUUUCUGGAGAGUAACGGCACAAUGUUUCAUUCCAGCCGCCAAGAGGGUGAUAAACACCCAGUAUGGUUUACCCUGGGGAUCCGGGAGGUGAUCAAAGGAUGGGACAAGGGACUUCAGAACAUGUGCACAGGAGAGAAAAGAAAGCUGACCAUCCCACCCUCUCUGGCAUACGGCAAGGAUGGCAAAGGAAAGAUCCCACCAGAGAGCACCCUGAUCUUUGAAAUAGAGCUCAUGGAGAUCAGGAAUGGCCCCAGGUCACACGAGUCAUUUCAGGAGAUGGACCUUAAUGAUGACUGGAAGCUUUCCAGAUCUGAGGUUAAAGAGUAUCUGCGUAAAGAGUUUGAGAGACAUGGAUACCCUCCUAAUGACACUCAUCAUGAAGCUAUGGUAGAAGACAUCUUUAAACAGGAGGAUGACGACAAGGACGGCUAUAUAUCUGCCCGAGAAUUCACAUACCAGCAUGACGAAUUAUAAAAAGAAGUUACUAGUUCAACUUUAAAAGAAAUGUCGAAUGCAGUCUGUUAGUAUUGGUUUACAUUGAAAUAUGACAAACUUCAGUAUCUGAAAAUGACGGCUGUUCAUGUAAACAAGGAUCUGUGAGCAGUUAUGUGCUAAUGCCUGCUGAAUUUCUUCUUGAAAAUGACACAAACUUACCUUUUGUGUUGAAACAUCAAUCUGUCAAAAACCUAGUCACAAUCCCAAGUACACUCCAAGAACUGUGAAAUGUUUUGUCUGGCAAACUUAUAGGAUAACCUAUAAGAUGUUUUAAAUAAAAGUGUACAUUUUGCUGUGUUUUUCAACA